AAGCUUUCUAGUAAAUCAGAUCUAUAACCAAAAAAUUAAGAUCUGAAUAGAAUGGGAAAACGCAACAGAGCCGCUUUUUUGCCCACUCACUUGCCUCAGUUACAAAACUUGAUCAAGCGUGAUCCCAAGUCUUAUGAAGCAGAGUUUUUGCAGCAGUGGCGACACUUCCAGUCCACCUUAUCCAUUUUCUGCUUAAAGCCUGAUGAAGAGUCGAAAGAAUUAUGUGAAUUGGUGACGUUCAUGAGCCAAGUCACGCAAUGUUAUCCUGAAAUCACCAAAGACUUUCCUCAACAAUUAGUCGACUUACUAAAGGAGCACUGCUUAGUCCUCCACGUUGAUGUGAGGAAGAGUUUUGUUCAGGCCCUUAUUUUGCUCCGUAACAAAGGGAUUGUGGAUAAUACCCUUCUUUUACCGCUCUUCUUUACCCUUUUCAAAUGUAAAGAUAAAAUUCUGCGAGAACUAUUGUACAGUCAUAUUGUCAACGAUAUCAAGAAUUCCAAUGCUAAAGCCAAAAAUAACAAACUCAACAAGACAUUACAGUCGUUCAUGUUCACCAUGUUAGAGUCAGCAGUAAACGGUAAUAGUGAAGAAAAUGCAAUUGCUGCCAAGAAGAGUGUGGAUGUUUGUAUCGAUUUAUACCAUAAAAAUGUUUGGAAUGAUGCAAAGACAGUGAAUAUCAUUGCAGAAGCAUGCUUCUCACCCAUCGCGAAGAUUUCAGUAACAGCCGUCAAAUUUUUCUUAAACAGUAAUGAACAGCAGGAGGAAGAAGAGGAGGAUGAAGAUGUACCUGAUUUAAAAAAAAUGCAAAUGGCCAAUCAACACAGUAAGAAAACAAAAGCUAAAGACCGUAAACUUGAGGCAGCCAAGAAAAAGUUGAAGCGAAAGUCAAAGAGCAAAGAUAAGGCCGAGUCUUUCAAUUUCUCUGCACUACAUCUUAUCAACGACCCUCAAGGUUUUGCUGAGAAAUUAUAUUCUAAAUUGACGACCAAAGAAGAUCGAUGGGAAGUGCGUUUGAUGAAGAUGAAUUUGGUUUCUCGUAUUAUUGGUAUUCAUCAACUCACGAUCUUGGGUUUCUACCCUCUUUUAAUUAAAUACCUUCAACCCUCACAACGUGAUGUCACUAUUGUGUUGGUGUGUGCUGCUCAAGCUUCUCACUCUCUAGUACCACCAGAUGCCUUAGAGCCUGUUGUGAAAGCGAUUGCGAAUAAUUUUGUUACUGACCGUGUCGCCAAUGAAGUUAUCGCAGUCGGUAUCAAUGGCGUACGUGAAAUCUGUACACGUCAACCUUUGGCGAUCGAUGCCACGUUAUUACAAGAUCUAGCUCAGUAUAAAACACAUCGUGAUAAGGGUGUAUUGAUGGCAGCACGUUCUUUGAUUGCCCUCUUCCGUGAACUUAAUCCUGAAAUGUUGGCUCGUAAGGAUCGUGGCAAGACGGCGUCCAUAAAAUUGAAAGAUGGGUCUAUUCGUACUGUUCAGUUCGGUGAAACUUCAGAUAAUAUGGAUGGUCUUCAAGGUUUAGAAUUGUUAGAGCAAGCUGAAAAGGAGGAUGAAGAUUGGGGAGAAUGGGAAGUCGACGAUUCCAGCGACGAAAGUGAUGAAGAAGGUGGUUGGGUCGAUGUGCCUAUUGAUAACGAUGAUUACGUCAAUAUCAAUUCAGAUGACGAAGAACAAAAGGACGGUACUGAUAAGGCAGAAGAGGACGAACAAAAGAAAAAGAGAUACCAGUACAAGGUGGGGCCCAAUGGUGAAAUCAAAACACGUCGUAUUGGUAAACGUCAAUUGAAGAAAAUGAUGGAAGCCGAAGAGCAAACAGAAUUGACAGAGGAACAGCGUCAAAAGUUAGCAGAAGCCAUUCAAAAACGUAAAGAAGAAGAAGAGCAGAAGCGCCAAGCCGCCCUCAAAUUGGCUACUACUCGUAUUCUGACACCAGCUGAUUUUGCACGACUGAAUGAACUCAAGGAGAGUAAAGAAUUGGAGUAUGUAGCGGGUAAAAAGCGCGGUGCUACUGAUUUAGACGAAGGCGUAGAUGAAGCCACUAUCUUGGGUCCUCGAAAGAAGGCUAAACAAGAUUAUGAACAGAGAAUGGCUUCCAUUCAAGAAGGUCGUGAAGGACGUGAGAAGUUCGGCUCUCGUAAGGGUAAGAAGGAGAGAGGCAGUACUACCAAUCGUGAAAAGGCAAGAAAUAAGAACUUUAUGAUGAUUGCCCAUAAGCAGUCCGUCCUUUUCAAAUCCAAGCGAAGCUUAUUUGAGAAGCAAAAAUCACUGAGAGCCGCUAUUGAUAAGCAGAAGCGCUUGAAGCAUUAGGUAUAAUGAUACCAAACAAAUAUGCGUUUUUUUUAGAACAAAAAAAUAGUACCCUUUUAUUUGUCUAUAUUUGUAAACCUGUUAUUAUUGUUUUCCUUUUUAUGUAAUAUUAAUAAAUAUAUCUGCAUUCUUUUUGUACAUAGAGAUUUAUACAUGAAAGUUUUCC